AUGGGUCUAAUUGAUAAACCCUGGUUAUUGUCUACGAUCAAUUUAAAAGAAUAUGAAGAACCACUGCCAGGACCUUCAAAAGUUGGAAGACCUUUUAAAUGCUUUAGCGAAUGUGGUACAAGAGCUAAGCAAAAUAAGGCAAGAGCAUUAACAACAAGUUGUAGCACUAAUAAACUGUCUUUUGCUGUUCAGAUGAGUCUUAGAAAAUGUGGAAAGCGAAAUGCAGCAGUUAUUGUAGGCCAAGUGACUGAAGAAAGUUCCCCAAAACGUGUGGCGAAAUUAAAAAAGAUAUUGAGUGCAACAGAACUUGAUAAAUCCAAAGGUCUUACACCAGAGCAAGCCUUGUCGUUGAUAAUCAACACAAAAUCCAGUAAGGCCACGUAUUUGGCCUACAGAAUGGCAGCCAAAAGUUGUAACAAUAACAUAUAUCCAUCUUGGAAUAAAGUCUUGGCGGCAAAGUCUAAAUGCUAUCCUCAUCCUGGACAAGUUAUUGUUGAAGAUAUGGGCGUUGAAAUUAAUCUUCAAGAACUUCUCAAUUUGACAGCCCACCGCUUAUGCACGUUACAAAAAGACGUAUUAGAAACGUUUUUUGGGAAGCAACUUACUUUAGUAUGUAAGUGGGGUCUGGAUGGAAGUUCAGGACAGAGCAAUUACAGACAAAUGACAAAUAUUGGUAGUGGUGAUUCAUCUGUGCUCAUUGCUUCCCUUGUUCCUGUUCAAUUACGAGAUAGCCGGCAAAAAACAAAAAUAUUGUGGCAAAAUCCCGUGCCUUCGUCAACAAGAUUUUGCAGAGCAAUUAAGUUCGUUUUCGCUAAAGAAACUCCCGAGUUAACGCGAAAUAUUACUGAAGGGAUCCAGGCACAAAUUGAGAAAUUACAAAAUUUUAUUCAUGGAAACAUUUCUAUCAGUUUUUACCUUGUUUUAACAAUGGUAGAUGGAAAAGUUUGCCACAACCUGACUGGAACUAAAUCAACUCAAAGCUGUUAUAUAUGUGGCGCUACACCGAAAGAAAUGAACGCUUUAGAUAAAGUCGAGAAAAAGCUUCCAAAAACAGAAAAUUAUUGUUUUGGUUUGUCAAGUCUGCAUUCCUGGAUUCGUUUUUUUGAGUGUUGCCUGCAUGUGGGAUAUAGAAUGGAAAUUAAAAGUUGGCAAACCAGGGGUGAAAAUAGAACGAAAAUGGAGACAAGAAAGAAGCUGAUUCAAGACAAAUUUAAAACAGAACUUGGAAUUCUUGUUGACCAGCCUAAGCCUGGAUAUGGAUCGACGAAUACUGGAAAUACUGCCAGGGCAUUUUUUCUAAAUGAAAAAAAAGCAGCAGAAAUUACUGGAGUUGACCAAGAAAUUGUUCAUAGAUUCCAUAUAAUACUACAGACGAUAUCUUGUGGUUAUGAAGUGGACCACGAAAUAAAAGAUUCAGCAAAACAUACAAACGAAGAUUUACUUAAUUAUUUUGUGUUAUCCUCAGAUCCCAUUAUAUCACACUUAUCGCUAAAAGAUAACAUGUCAAAAAACAAAAUAAAAGUUGAUUCUGAAGUUUUAAAUAUGCUAAAAGCUCCUCCAAAAUCAUUUAGUGUAGGCUCAGUUUCGUCUGAUUCGGACGCUGAUUAA